AUGGAUCUCACUAACCUGAUAGCUAUCACAGGUUUAGCUGUAAUAAGUCUUGAGGUCAUUACUGGGAUAUCUGGAAAUCUUUUUAUACUUUAUGUGAUUUCCUUCCAAAGUUGCAAAAGACUAGAUAAGAGUGCUUGUGAUAAAAUUAUUGUGGCCUUGGCCAUAUCCAGUGUGUGCCAUGUCUGUAUCUUGAGUUUCAGCAUACUAUCAGGUUUGAUUAUUCCUGGAAUGUAUAUGUCACUUUACGUGGCAUAUGCUGUUACUCUUCUGAUUGUAUACAGCGCCAAUUCAUGUAUCUGGCUGACAGCCGUUCUGUGCUUCUACUACUUCAUAAGGAUCACGACCUUCAGCUCCAACAUCUUUACUUGGUUCAAGACGAAGAUCAACAAAAUCAUAACUUGGAUGAUAUUCAUGUCACAGAUUAUGUCUACUUUCAGCUCUUCUCUCAACCUAAUACAAUUAGUUCAGACAGUAAACUUUACUAGGAACCACACUGCCAUCUCCUCCAACAUGACAUCAGGAGCUCAGGGGAACAAGACAAUAAACAUUGCUUUCCUCAUUAAUUGUUUUCCCAUUCUCAUCAUGAUGGUCACUACUUCCACAACUGUUGUGUUCCUCAGCCUGCACCGUUUCAGACUACGGAGGAGCAUGGGGACAUUGGUCAGUGUGAAUGUCGCGGCUUAUGGUGGAGUCGUCCGUACAAUGAUUAGUUCCUUGGUGUUUUAUGGAAUAUUUUAUACGGCAAUGCUCACUUAUUCUUUAGGUGUUUUCACGUCUGCAUCUCUUGAAUAUUGGAUAAUGUCAAUACUGUUAUUCUCAUUCACCACUGUUCAAUCUAUUUUCUUAAUCUCUGGUACUCCAAAAUUGAAAAAUGCCUGGGAACAAAUGUUAUUUUGUUUCAAAGGCAAGAUUUCUCUAAGAAGUUGCAACUGA